AUGUCAAAACAGGAGAAGGGAAUCUCAACUAUUGAAGGUUAUGUUGAUGAACAAGUGAAAAGGCUGUUGGUGGUUUCAAAUCGUUUGCCAGUCACGGUCUCAAAGGAUGAAAGCGGAUAUACCUUUAAAAUGUCUUCUGGUGGUCUGGUGAGUGCACUUAGCGGUUUGAAAAAAACGACACCCUUUACUUGGAUUGGCUGGACUGGACUCCAUAUACCUGAAGAGGAGAGACAAGACGUCACCAAAAAACUGGGAGAACAUUCUUGUCUUCCUGUUUUUGUUGAUGAGGAUUUAGCAGAUCGUCAUUAUAAUGGAUUUUCUAAUUCAAUACUAUGGCCGCUGUUUCAUUAUCAUCCUGGUGAAAUCACGUUUAAUGAAGAGGAUUGGAAUGCCUAUGAAAUAGUCAAUGGUCUUUUUGCCGAUGCCAUUAAUAAUAUCGUCCAAGAUGGCGAUUUGGUCUGGGUUCAAGAUUACCAUUUAAUGUUGUUACCAAGUAUGCUAAGAGAAAGAAUAGGAGAUAGUCGGCAAAAUGUUAAAAUUGGAUUCUUUUUACACACUCCGUUUCCUAGUAGCGAGAUUUAUCGAAUUCUGCCUGCCCGUAAGGAAGUCCUUAACGGGGUCUUGAAUUCAGAUCUUAUCGGAUUUCACACGUACGAUUACGCUCGUCACUUUCUAUCGUCUUGCACCCGCAUUCUGGGUUUAUCGACUAUGCCCAAUAGCAUUGAAUAUGAAGGCAGACAUGUACACGUUGGGACAUUUCCUGUUGGCAUUGACCCAGAAAAGUUUACCGAAGGCCUAAAUCAACCGAAUAUCAAGGAGCGAAUCAAAGGGCUAGAAGAAAAAUUCAAGGGCAUGAAACUCAUCGUCGGUGUAGACCGUUUAGAUUAUAUCAAAGGUGUUCCUCAUAAGAUCAAUGCCUUCGAAGUCUUCCUCAGUGAACACCCGGAGUGGGUCGGCAAAGUCGUUCUUGUUCAAGUGGCCGUACCCUCUCGACAAGAUGUUGAAGAAUAUCAGAAUGUACGCACUAAUGUCAACGAAUUGGUCGGAAGAACGAAUGGCAAAUUCGGAACGGUAGAAUUUACGCCAAUUCACUUUAUGCACAAGUCGGUUUCUUUCGAUGAACUGGUCGCGCUGUACGCAGUUUCGGAUGUUUGUUUGGUGUCCUCCACUCGAGAUGGAAUGAAUCUCGUUUCUUACGAAUAUGUCUGUUGUCAGAAAGAGAAAAACGGAGUGUUGAUACUCAGUGAAUUUGCGGGCGCCGCCCAAUCCCUAAAUGGCUCUAUCAUUGUAAAUCCUUGGAGUACCGAAGAACUUUCCAAUGCUAUUCAUGAAGCGGUCACCAUGCCAGAAUCUUUGCGUAAAUCGAAUCAUCAAAAAUUAUAUCGAUAUAUUAAUAAGUAUACCGCAGAAAAUUGGGGGACUAGUUUCGUCAACGAACUAAAGCGCGUCUCCAAGGAAUAUGGUAUCACCCACAAGAAGAUUCUACGUUUUGACUUUAGAAAGAUAGCCGAAGCGGCAAAAAACGCCAAAAGACGAGUUAUCUUGCUGGAUUAUGACGGUACUCUGACUUCCAAGCGCAGAUUACCGGAAUUUGCUAAUCCAUCCAGUAGUGUCCUCAAAAUCCUCAGAGAACUUCAAAGUAAACCCGAUACGUACAUUUACAUAUUAUCUGGUCGUGGGCGGAUGCAUCUCGAUCAAUGGUUCGAAGGGAUCGGAGUUGGACUUUCCGCGGAACACGGAUGCUUCUACAAGCAUCCACAAUGUUUACAAGGAAAAAUCGAUCCUAUCACAAAUCGUAUUUCCGAGGGGAGGGUGAUUGAAGAUGAAACCAACGGCUGGUACAGACUUGUCGAAAAGGUGGAUCCUGUAUGGAAGGAGAAGAUGUUGCCUUUGUUCACACAUUUUACCGAGCGAACACCAGGCUCUUUCAUCGAAGAAAAAGAGAUCAAUAUAACAUGGGACUAUCAAGACGCGGACCUCGAAUUUGGAAAUUGGCAGGCGAGCGAACUUCAAAUCAAUCUCGAGAAAUUUUUAUGCAAUACGUCAUUAUCGAUUGUUUUGGCUAACAAAUCUUUGGAAAUUCGACCACUAACGGUCGAUAAAUCGACUGCGGUUCGAGCCAUCAUUAAGGAUCUAAAUCAAUCAGGGGAAGAUGUCGAUUUUGUUUUAUGUGUUGGGGAUAGUAAAACCGAUGAACCAGUGUUCGCUUUAUUAAAAGAGUUAAAGCCCGAUUGUUAUACGAGCACUGUCGGCAAGAAGCAAACUGAAGCAAACUAUUAUCUUGAAGACGUGGAGGGUGUACAAAGAUUUCUGGAAAUAUUGGCGCGGGAGUUGUAG